UCGGUUUACCAAAGGGUAUAAUCCGAGCGUUUGUGUUGACACCGACUCAAUAAGAGAAAUUGCAGAAGAUAUUUUUAGGAAGCCGAAUAGUUUGCAACCAUACUGUUUGCAACGCAGCGCUGUCAAUGUGAAAUAAACGAGAAAAUAGUGUUCUGCAAAAAAUAAAUACACUGACAGGCCGGAGAGAAACGGAUGGGAUUCACAGUAGUGUAGCUAUAGCUAGAUGGAUGGAGAGAGCAAGAGGGUGGAAGAGUGUCGGUGCUGUAACUAAUUAAAUAUCUAUCUACUGUUAUAAAAGGAAAAAUGCAUCUACACCAGGUACUGACCGGAGCGGUAAAUCCCGGGGAUAGCUGUUAUUCGGUGGGAAGCGUCAAUGACAUUCCGUUCACGGCCUAUGGCUCGGGCUGCGACAUCGUCGUUCUGGCGAGCGACUUCGAGUGCGUUCAGAUCAUCCCCGGCGCCCAGCAUGGCAACAUCCAAGUGGGCUGCGUGGAGUGCUCCCACCAGCUGGGACGGAUUGCGGCGUCCUACGGGAACACUGUAUGCAUUUUUGAGCCAAUCGCUACUAACCCAAACAAGCGACACAAUCAACUUAAUUAUCAGUGGCAAAAGACAGGACAGUUUUUCCUCAAUGCCAUGGCCUACAAUUUGGCAUGGGACCCACAAGGCAAACGGAUACUCGCGGCGACGGAGCGGCUGCAGCUGUGGGCCCCACCCUCUGCCGACACCUUUGUGGAGGAGGAAGACAGUCAGAUAUCCGAUGAUAAAUUGCACCCUGUCCUGAAUGACUGGAAAUGCGUUUGGCAGUGCAAGACUGCAGUGUCUGUCCAUAUAAUGGAGUGGUCACCUGAUGGGGAAUAUUUCGCAACAGCGGGGAAGGAUGACUGUCUCCUGAAAGUGUGGUAUCCCACCACGGGCUGGAAGUCUGCAGUGGUGAUCCCAGACCUGCCCGAUAAGAAGGCCCCUCCUGUUCACUUCUCCUUCGUGUAUCUGGCACAUCCUCGUGCCGUCACCGGCUUUUCCUGGAGGAAGACAAGCAAGUACAUGCCCAAGGGAUCCGUGUGCAACGUGCUGCUCACCUCGUGUCAGGACGGGAUCUGUCGGCUGUGGUCAGAGACACUGCUCCCCGAGGACAGCCUCCUGGGGGGUCAGAUCUCAGAGAACAGCACCAGCUUCAGCAGCAGCCUCCCCAACCUGGGAGGCCAGAAGGACAAGAUCCAGCAUGCUCUGGAGUCGAUCCACCACCUGAAGCACCUGCGUCGGGGCCGGAGGAGGUCCUCGGCCCUGGCGGCCCACACCGAGCUGCUGCCCAGCCAGCUGGGGUCACAGGAGGUCCACCGGCACAUCACUCACCACGCCAACGCGCUCUGCCACUUCCACAUCUCCGCCAGCAUCAAUCCCAACACAGAUAUACCGGCGGGGCUGGCCGGGGCGGCCUUCUCGGCAGAGGAGGCCAGCGGAGGCUUUGUCGUCCACUGGCUGAACAACAAGGACCUGAGCUUCACCACCUCCAUGGACGUCUUCAUGCAGCAGCUCCGCAAGAUCUCCGAGCAGCACCUGGAGCAUGGCCCGGAGGACUCCGACCAGGAGGGCUCGCCCAUGAAGUUCGACUUCGACCUGGACGAGAUGUCUGAUAAAGGCUCCUCGGAGCACGAGGAGGGCGAGCAGGAGGGGAGCACCAAGGCCUCGUCGCCUGGCUCCAGCAGCAGCGUCCCGCUGCCCUCCAUGCUGCUGGACAGGAAGAUGGAGACCCUCACACUGGAGUGGAACAAGAGCCCCGACAUGCUCUUCACCAUCCACCCUGCUGACGGCUCCUUCCUGGUCUGGCAUGUCAAGUACCUGGAUGAAUUCAUACCGGGGAUUUUCAGACAGGUCCAGGUUUCGUUUUCCUCUCGGAUCCCCGUGGCUUUCCCCACCGGCGAUGCCAACUCCCUCAGCAAGAACAUCAUGAUGUACGCCUGCACCUUCACCGAGCGUGAGCCGGGCGGCACCCCAGAGCAGAAGAGCAAGGCCAGACGCAUCCCCCAGAGCGCCUCCGCCUCAGCCGGCCUCGGCCCCUCCCCUGGCCCUGGCCCCGCCCCCGCGGCCGGCCACUCGCUGGCCGCCGUCAUCGGCCCCGCCGUCAUGAUGGUCUCCAAGCACAUCGACGGCUCCCUUAACCAGUGGGCGGUCACCUUCGCCGAGAAGUCAGCCUUCUCCUCCGUGCUGACCGUCUCGCACAAGUUCCGCUACUGCGGCCACCGCUUCCACCUCAACGACCUGGCCUGCCACACCGUGCUGCCGCUGCUGCUAACCUCCUCGCACCACAACGCCCUGCAGACCCCGCAGGCGGAGAGCGACUGGGACUCGGAGCAGGAGAGGACCGUCCUGCGGGCCGUCCGGCACCAGAAGAGCUUCUCCCGCAAGCAGCUGAAGAACGCCGCCACGCGCACCUUCCACGACCCCAACGCCAUCUACAGCGAGCUCAUCCUAUGGCGCGUGGACCACAUCGGGCCGCUGUCCUGCACCGGCGGGGUGUCCGAGCUCGCCCGCAUCAACUCCCUCCACACCUCCGCCUUCUCCAACGUGGCCUGGCUGCCCACGCUCAUCCCCAGCUCCGUGCUCGGCACGUACUGUAACUCGGCGAGUGCGUGCUUUGUGGCGUCUGAUGGGAAGAACCUGAGGCUGUACCAGGCUGUGGUGGACGCCCGGAAGCUGCUGGACGAGCUGUCCGACCCCGAGACCUCUAAACUGGUCGGCGAGGUGUUCAACAUCGUGAGUCAGCAGUCCACCGCCCGUCCGGGAUGCAUCAUCGAGCUGGACGUCAUUACGAACCAGUGUGGCUCCAACACGCAGCUGCUCCACGUGUUCCAGGAGGACUUCAUCCUUGGCUACAAGCCUCAUGACGACUCCCCUGAGAUGAUCCUCCCUUCCAGUUUCCCCUCAUCUGAGGAGUAUACCCCUCCGCCCUUCUCAGAAAAGUUCUUCCUGGUGGUUAUUGAAAAGGAUGCAAACAGGAACUCUGUUCUGCAGAUGUGGCACCUGCACUUGAAAUCUGUUCAGGCCUGUGUGGCAGAGAGCACUUUGCCAGCACAGGGCUUUCAGAAUCAGCUGAUGGUCCCGACGCAGCAGGGCAACGCGGAGUCAUCCCCGGAGACCUCCCCCAGGCAGAGCCCCCUCCCCCGCUCCUCCUCCACCGCCAACCUGCAGUCGGCCAGCAAGCUCAUCCUCAGCUCCAAGCUGGUGUACAGCCAGCGCCUGGAGCUGCCCCCCGGCGUCGAGGUCAUCCGCGCCACGCCCUCGGCAGGCCACCUCAGUUCCUCCUCCAUUUACCCUGUGUGCCUGGCGCCGUACCUGAUCGUCACCACGUGCUCGGACGGCAAGGUGAGGUUCUGGUGCUGUGGUGUGGAGACGGACCUGGGCGCAGGCGACCCGGAAGAGGGCCGGGCGUACUCCUGGGAGCCGUGGUCCCUGAUGAACGAGGAGGAGGACAGCAACAGCGCGGUGACCGUGCCGGGCCGCCCGGUGGCCGUCAGCUGCUCCUACACGGGCCGCCUGGCCGUCUCCUUCAAGCAGCUGUCACCGGGCAACGGCUGCGCGUCCAAGGAGUUCUCCAUGCACGUGUCCAUCUACGAGUGCGAGUCCACGGGCGGCUCGGAGUGGGUGCUGGAGCAGACCAUCCACCUGGACGAUUUCACCAAGGCCAGCAAUGUGCUGGAUCCCCGGGUCAGCGUGGACAGCAACCUGUUCGUCUACAGCAAGUCGGACCUCUACAUGAACAAGGACAGCCCCAACAUAAAGCACUUCGUCCACCUGGAUUGGCUGUCUAAGGAGGACGGCUCCCACAUCCUCACCGUGGGCGUGGGCUCCAACAUACUGAUGUAUGGCCGCAUCUCGGGCAUCGUGACCGAGCAAACCAGCAGCAAGGAUGGCAUGGCCGUGAUCACCCUGCCACUAGGGGGCAGCAUUAAGCAGGGCAUCCGGUCCAGGUGGGUCCUGCUGAGGUCGGUGGACCUGGUGUCCUCGGUGGACGGCACCCCAUCCCUGCCGGUGUCCCUGUCCUGGGUGCGGGAUGGGAUUCUGGUGGUGGGGAUGGACUGCGAGAUGCACGUCUAUGCCCAGUGGAAGCAGGACAAGAAGCCCGGCGAGGGGGAGGGGGACAGCCAGACAUCCUCCGACAACAUCGCGAGCCAGAGCGUGUCGGUGGGGCCCGAGACCCGGCCCCGAUCCAAGAGCGUGUUCGAGGGGAGCGCGGCCAUGGAUGACGCCUUCCGGGCGCCCGCCGUCAUUCAGGACGGGGGUCUGUUCGAGGCGGCGCACUCGCUGUCCCCCACCCUGCCCCAGUACCACCCCACCCAGCUGCUGGAGCUGAUGGACCUGGGGAAGGUGCGGCGGGCCAAGGCCAUUCUGUCCCACCUGGUGAAGUGCAUCGCCGGGGAGGUUGCCGUGGUGCGGGACGUGGAGGCGGGCGAGGGGGGCGCCCGGCGCCACCUGUCCCGCACCAUCAGCGUGAGCGGGAGCACAGCCAAGGACACCAUCCUGGCAGGCCGCGAUGGCGGCCGCGACUACACCGAGAUCAACUCCAUCCCGCCGCUGCCGCUCUAUGCCCUGCUCUCCGCCGACCUCGACACCUCCUACAAGGCGGGCGAGGAGGCCGCCAAGGGCGCCAUAGGCUCCGAGGGCGAGGCCCAGAAGCAGGGCGAGGACCAGUACGCCGACCUCUUCCAGGUCCCCACCGUCACCACGGAUGACUUUGUCAGCUUCGCCGCCGAGAAAAAGGAGAAGAAGUCGCGGGUCAUCAACCUGUCGCAGUACGGCCCCACCUACUUCGGGCCCGAGCACGCCCAGGUGCUGUCCAGCCACCUGAUGCACUCCAGCCUGCCGGGCCUCACGCGCCUCGAGCAGAUGUUCCUGGUGGCGCUGGCCGACACCGUGGCCACCACCAGCGCCGAGGUCAGCUCCAGCACGGACAAACAGUACACCGGAGGCGAGGCGCUGGACGAGUGCGGGCUGAGGUACCUGCUGGCCAUGCGCUUGCACACCUGCCUGCUCACCUCCCUGCCCCCGCUCUACCGGAUGCAGCUGCUGCACCAAGGCCUCUCCACGUGUCACUUCGCCUGGGCCUUCCACUCUGAGGCGGAGGAGGAGCUGCUGAACAUGAUCCCCGCCAUGCAGAGGGGCGACCCGCAGUGGUCAGAGCUCAGGGCCCUGGGGGUGGGCUGGUGGGUCCGAAACAUCAACACCCUGCGCCGGAUGAUGGAGAAGGUUGGCAAAGCCGCGUUUCAGAGGAACAACGACCCCUUAGACGCCGCUCUCUUCUACCUCGCCAUGAAGAAGAAAGCGGUUCUCUGGGGGCUGUUCAGGUCCCAGCAUGACGAGAAGAUGACCCAGUUCUUCAGUCAUAACUUCACAGAGGAUCGAUGGCGGAAAGCGGCUUUGAAGAACGCCUUCUCCCUGCUGGGGAAGCAGCGGUUCGAGCAGUCUGCGGGCUUCUUCCUCCUGGCAGGCUCCCUCAAAGACGCCAUUGAGGUCUGCCUGGAGAAAAUGGAGGACAUCCAGCUGGCCAUGAUAGUCGCUCGCCUGUACGAGUCGGACUACGAGAGCUCCUCCACCUGCAAGGGGAUACUGAACGAGAGGGUGCUGGGCUGCAACAGGGACGGCUCGGGCUUCACCUGCACCAAGCUGCACCCCGACCCCUUCCUGCGCAGCAUUGCCUUCUGGAUACUGAAGGACUACACCAGGGCCCUGGACACCCUGCUGGAGCAGAUACCAAAGGAGGACGAUGAAAAUCCCGAUGUGAUGGUGAAAUCCUGCAACCCCGUGGUCUUCAGCUUCUAUAACUACCUGCGGACGCACCCUCUGAUAAUUCGCCGACACUUCGCCUCUCCAGAGGGAACGCUGGCCACACUGGGCCUGACCACUGAGAAGAGCAGCGCCGACGAGAUCAACCUCAUCGAGCGGAAGCUCUUCUUCACCACCGCCAACGCCCACUUCAAAGUGGGCUGCCCCGUGCUGGCCCUCGAGGUCCUCUCCAAGCUGCCCAAAGUCACCAAGAAGGCGGGGUCCUCCCUGAGCAAGGGGCCCUCCAUGGUCAACGUCGGCUCCGCCCACCCGCAGGAGAACGGCGGGAGAGCCGCGGAUUUGGACUGGUCGGCGCCCCCAGCCGCCCCCGCCCCGGCCUGGGGGGGCGGGGCGGACACCUCCACAGGGCUGGACUGGAGUCAGCCGAUGGUCAAGCUGGAGGACGAGGGCCUGCAGCUGGACUGGGGCGACAACAAGGACGAGGAGGACGAGGAGGACAACGACGACGGGGGCCUGACGAUGAAGACCAAGCCCGAGGAGCCGGCGGACAAGCAGAAAGAGGCGCCGGGCCAGGGCGGGGCGGGCGCCCCGAGCCUGCGGAGGGAGGACUCGGCCGGGGAGUCGCAGGUGGACGUGAUCGCCGAGCAGCUGAAGUUCCGGGCCUGCCUGAAGAUCCUGAUGACCGAGCUGCGGACGCUGGCCACGGGCUACGAGGUGGACGGCGGCAAGCUGCGCUUCCAGCUCUACAACUGGCUGGAGAAGGAGAUCUGGGCCAUGCACAAGAUCUGCAACUACAAGGCGGAGGACGGCGAGCUCGAGAAGUGGAAGGAGGGUGAGGGCGCGGCCGAGGUGGACGAGGUGUUCGACCGGACGGACGUGGGCGCCUACGAGCGCCACCAGCUGGAGCGCCGCAGGCUGCAGGCCAAGCAGCAGCACGCCGAGCGGCGCAAGGCCUGGCUGAGGAAGAACCAGGCCCUGCUCAGAGUCUUCCUCAGCUACUGCAGCCUGCAUGGGGCCAAGGGCGGGGGCGUCACCUCCGUCAGGAUGGAGCUCAUCUUCCUGCUGCAGGAAUCCCAGCAGGAGACGACGGUGAAGCAGCUGCAGUCCCCACUGCCCCUGCCCACCACGCUGCCCCUGCUCUCCGCCAGCAUCGCGCCCACCAAGACGGUCAUCGCCAACCCCGUGCUGCACCUCAGCAACCACAUCCACGACAUCCUCUUCACCAUCGUGCAGAUGGAGGCGCCGCCCCACCCCGACGUCAUCGACGACCGGGUCAACGCCCUGCACACCCUGGCUGCCUCCCUGUCUGCAUGCAUCUACCAGGCCCUGUGUGACAGCCACAGUUACAGCAGCCAAGCGGAGGCCAAUCAGUUCAUGGGGAUGGUGUACCAGGGCCUGCUGCUGAGCGAGAGGCGGAGGCUGCGCACCGAGAGCAUCGAGGAGCACGCCACGCCCAGCUCCUCCCCCGCGCAGUGGCCAGGCGUCUCCUCCCUCAUCAGCCUGGUGGCAUCAGCACACGGGGAGGACCAGCCCAAGCUGAGCGUGAUGCUGUGCGAGGCGGUGGUGGCCGUCUACCUCAGCCUGCUCAUCCACGGCCUGGGCAUGCACUCCAGCAACGAGCUCUUCCGCCUGGCCGCCCACCCCCUCAACAACCGCAUGUGGGCCGCCGUCUUCGGGGGAGGAGCCAAGCUCAUCAUCAAACCCAAGCGCCCCCCGGAGGUCGCUCCAGCGCCCCCGCCGCCCGCGGAGGACAUAGACAAGCACCGGCGCAGGUUUAACAUGCGCAUGCUGGUCCCGGGACGUCCGGUGAAGGAGACGCCCUCCACGCCCCCGCCGGUGCCAGCGGAGAGGCCCACGUACAAGGAGAAGUUCAUCCCCCCAGAGCUGAGCAUGUGGGAUUACUUUGUUGCCAAGCCCUUCCUGCCUCUCUCCGACAGCGGAGCUCUGUACGACUCGGACGAGAGCGGCCCAAGCGACGACGAGGACGACGACGACGCCUUCCUCUCUGACACUCAGGUCAACGAGCACAGCGAUCCAAAUUCAUACAGUUGGGCACUGAUACGCCUGGUAAUGGUCAAGUUGGCUCUGCACAACAUCAAGAGCUUCCUGCCCAUAACGGGGUUGGAUUUUCCAGAUUUGCCGGUCACCUCACCCUUGGUGAACGCGGUCCUGAAGACACUGGAGAACUGGGAACAGCUGCUGCUGGAGAGGAUGAACAAGUUCGACGGCCCUCCGCCGAACUACAUCAACACCUACCCCGCCGAUCUGAGCGCAGGAGGGGGCCCGGCCAUACUGAGGCACAAGGCUAUGCUGGAGCCCGAAAACACGCCCUUCAAGGCGAAGAGCCGCCUUUCAUUUCCCGCGAGGCGGCUGUGGCACUUCCUGGUCAAACAGGAAGUCCUCCAGGAGACCCUGAUCCGCUACAUCUUCACCAAGAAGAGGAAGCAGAGUGAGUCUUUAGAAGACCAUGUGGACCACCUCAAACAAAUCUGCGUAGCAGGAGAUCGCAAACCCGCCAAGGUGGAGGCCGAUCUCGGGUACCCAGGAGGCAAGGCCAAAGUCAUCCACAAGGAGUCGGACAUCAUAAUGGCGUUCGCCAUCAACAAGGUCAACAACAACGAGAUCGUGCUGGCCUCCACCCACGACGUGCAGGAGGUGGACGUCACCUCCCUCCUGGCCGCCCAGCCCUACACCUGGAUCGGGGAGGAGUACGACAAGGAGUCCCGCAGCUCUGACGACCAGGACUACCGCUCCUCCCACACCAACAUCGCCCAGGCCAGCGCACCUCCCUUCGCGCCCCCGCAGAUUCCGGCCUCCGCCUCCAUGCCGUGGCUCGGCACUGGGCAGACCAGCAUGGGCGGGAGCGUGAUUAUGAAGAGGAACUUGAAUAAUGUCAAGAGAAUGACAUCUCAUCCCAUUUACCAGUACUACAUGACGGGGGCGCAGGACGGCAGCGUCCGCAUGUUCGAGUGGAACCGACCCCAGCAGCUCAUCUGUUUCCGCCAGGCGGGGAACGCCAGGGUCACCCGGCUCUACUUCAACUCUCAAGGGAACAAGUGUGGGGUUGCAGAUGGUGAAGGCUUCUUAAGCCUCUGGCAAGUCAACCAAACAUCAUCCAAUCCCAAACCUUAUUUGAGCUGGCAGUGUCACAGCAAGACCUGUGGUGACUUCGCCUUCAUCACCUCCUCCAGCCUCAUCGCUACAGCUGGCCAGUCCAACGACAGCAGAAACGUCUGCUUGUGGGACACUCUUAUUUCACCCAAUAACACCCUGGUGCAUGCGUUCCCCUGUCACGAGAACGGGGCCACCGUGCUGCAGUACGCCCCCAAACAGCAGCUCAUCAUCACCGGGGGCAGGAAGGGUUUCAUCUGCAUCUUCGACAUCCGGCAGCGGCAGCUCCUCAACACCUUCCAGGCCCACGACUCCGCCAUCAAAGCGCUGGCCUUGGACUCCAGCGAGGACUUCUUUGUGACUGGCUCCGCCGAGGGGAACAUGAAGGUGUGGAAGCUGACAGGCCACGGUCUGAUGCACUCCUUCAGCACAGAGCACGCUAAGCAGUCCAUCUUCCGCAACAUCGGCGCCGGAGUCAUGCAGGUGGAGACCUGCCCCGGAAACCGCAUCUUCACCUGCGGGGCCGACGGCACCCUGAAGAUGAGGGUCCUGCCCGACCGCUACAACGUUCCGGCCAGUAUAUUCGACAUCCUGUAAAUUGUAAAGGCGGGAAUGAUGGAGGAGGGAAAAAAAAAGCUUUCAGCAGCUAACAUUCACGUGUCCUUCGCUGUGGAUCGCUCCAAAAAGUGAAGCUUACGGUUAAUUAUUUUUUUCCCCCAAAGCCUGAAAAAAAAAAUACACAGAAGCUAGGUACAGUAUCAUACUUGAUUUUAAAGACUUUCGUUUAAAAAAAAAAGCUGAAUUUGUUCCAGAAUCUCUUAUAGAGUGUAUUCAUAGGAAAGCUAUGCAUGUACUGUUAUUGUAAAAGCGGUGCAAUCACAGGUCAUUGAUAGUGCUCUGUAAAAGUACUCAAAGCAAAAACUUUUAAAAAAGUGUGUAUCUGUCGUCAUUUUGUGCCCACGGCUGAAACUCCUUAGCAUCUACUACCAGCACUGUGGUUCUGUAUGAAGUCAGUGGUUUUUCCAGUGUGAGAUGAGUUGUUGGAUCUGCAUUUUAAUUUAAUGUAUUCACUUUUGUUUGCUGCUCACAUUGCAGAAUAAAUGGCACAUAGCUCUCGUGAGCCCAUUAAAAGAUGUGUGGGGGGGGUUACGGGGAAAAAAGGCUACUUGUGUUUGCACACGCCACCCUUACGGCUGUCCGCUCUGAAAUGCCUGUAACAGCGAGCCGCCUACAAAAUAUCCUGUUGGAACACAAAGAGAUAUACAGUACUGUAAAUGUAAUUUAUGUUUCAUCGGUUUUGGCAUACACAUUUUACAAGCACUAAAAUACUGAUUUUUACCAGAAACAACAAGGUUUCCUUUUUUGUUUUGCACACAGUGUUAUGUUUGUUUGCUCAGUUUCUGUUUUUGUUCGUUUCUUUGCAGAUGGUUUGUAUUUAUGUUUAACUUAUUGCCUUUAUAUUAGGAAUGUAAGGUGUAUUAGUGAAAUGGGAUGCGGUGAAGCACUACUGAGGUCGGUGGUAUUUUUUAAUAGUUUAUCCAUUAUAAAUGAACCUUUGCACUCAAAUGUUGGGACACAACUUAAAUAAAACUUUAUUUAAAAAUA